UGACCGCCGAUAGUAAGGGAGGCUACAUGACCAGUCCUCAAAUUUAUAUCAGUCUAUUUUGUCAAGAAAGUUUGACUUGUGGGUGUGGAUAAGAGUCAAGUUGAUUGUCACUGGAUGUGAGCAUCUGUGCAGUGUGACCAUAAUAUCUUAAAAGUAAACAAAGAUUAAACGUCAAAACAGAAUCCCGUUUCUAGAGUUGCUAUAUAUAAAUUUGAUAACAAUUGGGUUUUCCGCCUCUUGGUAUUAAAUCUCCUUUGAAAGUGUUUGAUUGACACCUGUUACCUGCCAUAUAUACCUGACCAGGUAAACGAUUGGAUAACUUUUGCUCCGUGAUCAAUUAGUUGAUGUUACAUUUUUGCCUGUGCUAUUUAAUAUUAUAACCACAAUGCCGCCUACCGCUGAAUCUGUGUUACUGCAACGAAGACCCGUGUCAGGGCAGAGCAGGGCACACUCACCGUUCCUGCCCCACGCACCCACUGGUCUGGGUCGGCCAGCUAGUUCUCACUACAACAGACACCUGAUGAGAGAGACUGCAAAUAUGCGCACAAAGAUGGCUUCUGAGGGACAUUUGGUGAACGGCUCCGAUUUGGACGUGAAAUUUCAGUAUUUCUACAAAGAACCUUGCCUCUACAGUCAUCAGAUCUUCAUUAAUGCCAGUAAAAUCUUUUCUACGCUGAAACAUGAAAGUCUGGAGGAAAGGGAGAAUCCUUACCUUAGAAAGAAGAAUAAGACCGGCCUGGCAGAGAAAGUGCAAGAAAUCCCUCAGCUUCACUUUGUGAAUGACCAGGAUAAAAGACUGGCUUUUGAACUGGCUUUUUCUACCCUCAAAUACCAGCUGUUAUUUGAAGAAAUUCUACAAGACUGUGCCUUUUACGCCACAUAUCCGGAGUUUGUGGAAGACAGUGGCCUUGUUAUGGUGAUGCUGUGCGAUUUUCAAGGCCGUAAAUUUCAACAGAGACACGCCCUUCCAGGAGAAACGGUGCUUCCAGACCUGUUAGAAAUAGAGCAAGCCAUCUUGGAAUGCAAGACCCACCUAAAUGCGGCCUUAGCCCGGCGCAGAAUCAAGGCCGAGGCCCCCUCUCUGGACCAUCUCCUCCCUGACACGGUCAGGAGUAAAGAGGAACUCAGGUCCAGCAUGCCAGUGUAUGGCUGGAUUAACCACAGAAAGUCCAACAUGUCCGAGGUGUUGGAUGCGUUGAAGGAUGAACACUUCCGAUUGGUCAGUCCAGAGGAGGCCCUGGAGGGCAAGAGAUUCUGUGUGGACUCCCUGUGUCACGAUGUCCUGAUGUUCUCCCCGGAGUGUGCCAACGACUUGGUCAAAAAUCACCUUGUUACUGCAGGAAAACUAGUUCUCCAGGACAAGUCUAGUAGUAUAGCCCCCCACUCAGUGAAGUACUUAGUUGGAGAGGACGCAGACAUCAUCCAUGUCAAUGUGGGCUCAGGGAUGACCACCGCACACAUUGCCAGUCUCCUGGAGGCGGACAGCCGCAGCCAUAUCUGGGCAUUCGGUGCUAGAAACCAGGCAGAAGUCAGAGAAAAUAUGGAGAAACUUGGAGUGAAAGGUGUGAAAUUGAUGUCUGAAAACUUUCUGGAUGUAGAACCGGAUGACAAUCGAUUCAAGAAUGCAAAGGUCAUCCUCAUUACAGCCGACUGUAGCAAGUCAGGGGUGGCCAACCCUAUAGACUUCAUUGUCAACGAGGGGGAAGAUAUGAAAAUAUUGAAGGAUUUGUCCAUAGGAGAAACGGACAUGAGCAAACUUGGUGAUCUCACAGCAAAACACACAGAACUCCUGAAGCAUGCCCUCAAAUUUACCAAGGUGCAGGCGGUUGUGUACACCACACGGUCAAUCCAUGAGGUGGAGAACGAGAAUGUGGUUUCGAAGGCUGUGGAGUACACUAACCUGGUACAGCAGAGGAGGUACCCCUACAGAGUAGCUCCCCCUGUCAUCCCUUUCUCGAGUGAAGCUAUAGACAAUAAAAUAGGAAUUCAUGGAAAGUUUAUAAAAUUUCGACCAACAGAGAAAACCAGUGGAUGUUUUAUUGCUGUUGUAACAAGAGAGCCUGAGGAUUCCAAAGAAGCAGCCAAAGAUGUUCUUGCCAGAGCACAAGCUAAAGGAUUGCUGAGUGGGAAGAAGAGGAACAAGAACCACGAGGGCCACGAGAAUGAGGAUGAGGACAGCCUGGUCAACGGCCACAAGUCUGAGAAGCUGCUGAGUCGACGCCUCAGGAGACAGGACCAGAGGCUGCCCCCACGCAGUGCUAUAUCAGCCCCCCACGCCUCCAGUCCCGUCCACAGCUACAUCCACAGCCCGAUCCAGGGACGCCGCAUACCGCGGCCCAAUGGGGUCGCGGUGGGAGCCAGACUGUACAAGGAUGCCGCAAAGAGAGAGCCGGCACAGAAGAAGGACAAGGUCACAGUGCCGGAGCACGUCAAAGUGGUAAAACAUCCAGCACCCUUCAGCCGCAAGUAAAAAGCAUGUUCAGGUAAAAAAAAGAACUUUGUGUAAAUGCGCAUGAUCUCAAUAAGCUUCCUCUACUGGCUUGCAACAAUAAAUGUAUUUUUAUAUGCAGAUUUCUUAAAUUUCAUGAAAUAUUGGUAUGUAUUUUUUAUAAAUCUUAUAAAAGUAAAGAAGCAUUACAUUACAGCAGUAAUCUAUGGCAUGUGUAUCUGCUUUUGGUAUAUCUGGAAUUCAAGCUUGAAUCAGCCCUACUUUAUCUUAGUAUCGUUUCAUUGUACCUUGUUGAUCGAGUGAUGAAUAAUUUUUCUGUAUGGUCUUUUUUCCUUUCACGGCAGACGCAAAAAGCACAAACUGAACAAGAAGACCAAGUAAGUUAUGUAACACCUGGAGGCCACUUAGGCAGUGCAUGUUCUUAAUCAAUUUGUGGGGUAUGCCCAUUAACUUGUCUAAGUUGGAACAUGCACCCACUUAAUCUGUGUGAGAUGUUAUUGUAAGAAUGAAGACACUGAAGUAUUGUAAUGCAUUAUCAGAACUGCAUGUUGACGUGAUUCAUCAUGUGCAUACAAUGCAGGAGGCCUCGCUCUUGAUGUAGGAGCUAGCACCUGUCAUUUCAUAAUUAUCAGACACAAUCAGCUUGGACAAACAACUUUAUCUAGGGUACUUUAAAUUAAUGUUGCCUUAACACAUGCCUUUUCCUCUGUUUCGGAACUUUAAAAAUUGACUGGAAUGCUUCUCGCUUUCCCUGAAUUUGCAUUGUUAAUUUAUUUCAUUGAAAUCUACAGUUACACAUACCCCUUCUGGUUUCUAAACAAUGUCUUUUUCAUUUGAUUUUUAAUCGAAGAAGCAUCUCUCGUGUAGUUCAAAUAUUUAAUAAUCAUAAGGUGCCUAGCAAUUGGGUAGGUUUAAGCAAUCCGUUUUGUUUUGUGACCUUAAUAAGGAUACUAAAUCAAUACAUCUGUUCAUAUUUCCAUUAACUACACCACUGCGUUGGGACUAAAAACUUUCAAAGUCCCACCCAGUACAACAGAAAAUCAAUUGUGCAAUGUAAAUGUAUGAUGCAGUGACAGUUUGAGUGCCAUAUUAAGUGUUGCUGUUUUUGAUGAAUGUAUAAACUGAGAUUAGCCAAUAUUUGAGUAGAGUGCACCAUCUUCUCAGCAGUAGCUCUAUUAGUGCAAUGUAUCGGAUCCGUCCAGCCUUCUGGGGAUCACCAGAGUUAUUUCCCUUUGUUGUAAAUAAAUGAAUAUUUAAACACAUCUGUGAUACCUUUGUCUGUAUAUAUUGUUCACUGUUACAGAUAGAAAUAAAUGUUAACUUAUUUAUUGUAAAA